AUGGACCCGUCCUCGAUCGCUUCCGCUGCCUGUAGCUUGUUGGGAAUGACGAUCCACAUCUCAGGAUCGCUCUACGGAGAAUGGGACCACCCAAGUAACCUGCUGGCUGAGCAUUUGAUCUAUGAACUGUCUCAGCUCCGCAAUGUCCUGCAGCCACUCGAAUUGACAGCUUUGUCUGCAACACAUGCCGUUAUUGUCUCCAGAAAACUACUUAUCUGCUUUGACGACAUGAAAGACUGUCUUGUCUCGUUGGGAUCCGGGCUACUAGGGCCCGACGUGUUUAACUUCAAAAAUUAUGAGCUGCGGUGGCGUUCGUUUAAUGCCCCCAGGCCGUCACAGGCUACCCACCUCUCAUUUACGCCUACCGAAGGCCUUCAGCAGACGCAGCAUCUUCAAGCUUGUCUAUCGAGGUUGAGGGACAAUAUUGAAACCUUUACGUCGCUUAAGUCUGAAGAACCCGCUCCAAAGGAUAUGGUAGACCCGCGCGGAAAUUUAUGGCGAGACUGUGCUGAUUACUUUACCGCUCAUGAGUCGGCGCGCCAGUUUCGACUAGAAGGCACCGGGCAAUGGCUCAUUAAUCAUGCACAUUUCCGGAGAUGGCUCAUUGGAGAACGUGUUGCUAACACCCUCUUUUGCCCAGGGGAACCUGGCUCGGGAAAGACGAUCCUGACGUCUUUGGCAAUCGAUGAAGUUCAAAAAUGGCAACAGAAUAACAGAUGCUCGAACAUUGGACUCGCCUACUUCUAUUUUAGCUAUAGAAGGCCCAUUCCGAUGCGACAUGUCGUAUUAGCUCUGCUUCAACAGCUGCAUUUGCAAUCUUUGUCGCCAGUUGAUGAACUAACUGCUCUGGAAAGGCUGGCUGCAAAAUCUAAGCACAUUCCUUUCGCAAGUGUUGUUACAGUCCUCCUGACUGUUUCAAGACAGUUCUCAAAAGUAUACAUAAUUCUCGAUGCCUUGGAUGAAUGCGCGCCAGGCUACAAGCCUGACUUGCUGCAUCUACUCACAUCAAUAAAAGACUCGCCAGCCCGGCUACUUGCGUCUUCACGACCUCAUCCGACUUUCGGCGUCUUGGAAGUCGGCCCGAAGAUUGAAAUCUUGCCACCUAAAGAAGACAUCGAGCAUUAUGCCAAAACUAAAUUACAGCAUGCACCACUCUUUGCGGGCGACGAUGAAUUAUUGGAUGAGGUUAUUUCUGCUCUUGUAGCUGCUAGUGAGAGACAUCAUAUUUCUGAUAUGACCCGUGCAUUAGGUUUUUGCCCAUUGCCUUACAGAUUGAUGCGGUCCUGCAAAAACGUACCAACAGCUGAACUUCAACGAAGUCCAUACUCUGCUUACCAGGAUAGCCUGAAUCGAAUCCAAACCCAGGAGCCCAAUAUGACAGCCUUGGCAAAACGAACCCUCACCUGGCUAUUUUAUUCUCAACGACCACUCGGAACUGCGGAAUUUCUCGAAAUCCACCAUUCCUCGGCCCGAAGUGAGGUAGAAAUCGAUAUUCCCUUAAUCGUAAAAGCAUGCAUGACUCUAGUAGGGUCCAGAGAAACGGUCGCGUUUGCACAUAUUUCCGUUAAGGCAUUCCUUGAACAACAAACGCGUACCGCUCUAGACGAUGAAAAGAUGAUCGCGGCACAUUGUUUACAUUAUCUAAUUGACAGCAAUAUUGACGAAGCAACGACUCACGACUCCCUCAAUAAUCAGCUUCGCAGCAAUCCAUUUUUAGACUAUGCAGCUACUUACUGGGGAUGCCACUUACGCAACGCGGUUGAAAAAGAUGAAGAGGAACACAAGAGCCUUAGGCGAUUGUGCUCAAUGCUCUUGAAUGAUAAACCAAGGGUAGCGAGCCUAUGUCACAUUAUAUUCAUGUCCCAGUUGGAGAAAGCGCCAACUGGUAAACUCGUCAAGUCCUCCUGGCUUCAUCUCGUCUCAUAUUUUGGGCUGGAUUGGGCUAUUAACCCACCACUUGUUGAAGAAACAGUAGUGGCUGAACAAGACGAAUGGGGUCGAACACCGCUUCACCUAGCAGCCCUGAGAGGCUUUGUCGACUGCGUCGCAGUUCUUCUAACACAACAGUCCCAAAGCCAACAAGAUCUGGACAGAAGAACAGUGUGGCACCACGCCGCGAUGAGCGGAAACUUUGAGACUAUACGCUGUUUGGUUAAUUUUAACACUACUAUUCAAGACUCGACUCAUUCAGACACUUUAGUCGGCUUGAGAGCAGAUAAACUGGGGAAAAGCCCUCUUGAAUACGCGGCCAUCAAUGGUGAUGAAAGCACAUUUAUGAUGCUUCUUCCAUUCUAUACCUCUGAAUCUGCCAAUGAGUUCAGAAGCAGAGCAUUCCGGGUGGCUUUAGCUUGCGGCAAGAUAGACAUUUUGAAAUGUCUAUUAUCACAGGGAGAAGCUAUUGACUACAACUAUCUCCUAGAGGCAACAAAGACCGGGAUGGAGGCGGCAGUACAGCUUCUGGUAGAGUACGGGUCAAGAAUUGAUAAUCCAAAUGCUGCCGAGGAUUCCGCGCUAUUGAUUGCGGCGCGAGAGGGGUGGAACAAAAUUCUUGAGUUCCUGAUCUGGAAUGGGGAAGAUCUUGAGCGUAUGGAUGCGGAUGGACAGACUGCGCUGGCUUUGGCCGUACAAAUGGGCAACGAUGAGGGGGUGCGAAUCUUAUUACAAGCCGGGGCCCUACCAGAACGAUCCAUCAACAGCGACACGCUCGUGGUAUAUGCUGCCAGUCAAGGCCGGGUGAAAAUUGUUCAACUACUGCUUGAAGCAGGCGGCGAGCCGUACGAAGCAGCACUUGCUGCAGUUAAAAAUGGGCGGGCCGAAGUUCUGGAGCAACUUUUUCAACAUAGAUUGCUUUCUGGUUUAAAUUCUAAAGGCAGAUAG